AUGCGAGCGUGUGGCGGUUGUGCAGAGCCCGGAGCAGUGGCUGCGCGCGUGGGCGGGGCCGGGCGACCCGCUGCUGUACGUGCGCAGCCUGACUGCGCGCGCCGCCGCAGUGCUGCGCUGGAGCGAGCGCGGCGCGCAGCAGCUGCUCAAGGAGCAGUGCGACCUCUCCGACUUCCUGCACCCCGACUCCCUCCUCAGCGCGCUCAAGCAGCAGACGGCCAGGAAGGCCCACAAGUGUACUUAUCAGAAAAGAAGAUUUCAAUUCCACUGUAUUACACAGCUGAACGUGAGAAGGCAGUUAUAAGUCUAGAUGUUCCUUGUGCAAAUGACCAUGAUAAAUGGUUGCAAGCAGGGGUGGCUUUCUUCUUGAAGAACUGAUAUUCUUCAACUCCAAAUUGCCUUUUUUCUUUCAUUUAAAUUCACAAUCCAUCAAUUUGCCUUGCACGUUUUAAGAUGUUUUGAAAAUGACACAAUUUGAAACUCUUGUUCCGGAACAAUUAUUGCCUUAUAUCUACAUCCAAUUCACUUAUCUAAUAUGAAUUCUUACAUGUGUAUGUUUAGUUACUAAGAAAGGGCAAAUG